UCGUUUUCAAAACAGAGUUGUUUAUUUUCAAGUUAUGUUUAUUUUAAUUUUAUAACUGCAACGAUGAGUCCCACUUGCAAAUAUUGCAAUCAACCAGAGGAUAAACAAUUCCGACCAGGUCUAUUAUGCGAGGCGUGCAUUUGUUUCGUGCAUUUAUCAUGUUUAAAAAGUGCAGGAACACCGGGGGAUUUUGAUGGCGAUGUGUUCUUUGAAUUCACAUGUGCAGACUGUUCACCUAGUAAAGAAGAAUGUUUCAAUCGUAAUAGAAUUCUGUGGGUAAAUGUAAUUCUGCUAACACUAUACCACCUCAGCAAGCACAUGAGUGGCAUCAGCAACCAUGGCUACUUCCACUAUAAGACACACAUCUGUUCCUUCAUUGAUAGAUAUUGGGUGCUACUCUUUGGAGCUAAAUGUAAACAGAAGAAAAACUGGAUCGGCACAAUCGCAGGUGCGCUAUCAAGCUACAGCAACCUGCUCGUCCAGUCUGGUUCCGUACAGCUUGGUGAAACGGGCUGGUGGAAGCUGAAACAUGACUUCACACCAGCAGUCGCUACUCAUAUAUUACAAGAGAUAUCUCGCGACAAACCAAAAGGAAGACUGAAGAACCUCACUACCAUACAAGAUAGAGAACUCUUCAUAGAAAAGGUCACUGAAAUGGGUUACAAAGAUCUUCUAGCAAAUGAGGAAGAUGAUUUAAAGCCAAUAUUAAAUCCAACGCCGGCCAAAAAACGUCGUUUGGAGUUCGAAGAGACGUCCAGCACAUCACACGAAACAUUCUAUGCUGAAAUCAAAAAAGAAGAGAAGAUAACACAUAUCAAAGAGGAGUUAGAAGAAGUUUAUGAUGCGUCGGUAGCGAGUUUCUCUUCAAAGGAAAAUUAUUCCGACAUAGAAAAUAAUUUUAGAGGUUUUGAGUACGCACCAACAAGUCAAUUGUUGCCAAGUGACUCCUCCAGCGUGCACUCUUACAAGCACUCUUUGCAAUACGACUCCGACUCCCACAGCUCCCACAAAGACCUCACAGAUACGGAAAAAAAGGAAAAGGAAAAGAAACCAAAAGAAAAACCUUACACGAGACGAGAGAACUUAUUCUCCAAAGAAUUAAACUCUAUAGACAUGCCGUGGUUAGAAGUGGGAGAAAUUAAGGAGGUGGGAGUUAAAAAGGAAGUGGUGGGGAUGACGGAGUACGAAGAAAUGCAGUUGCUAAAAAAUGUGGAGAAUUUAAUAGUAAAAGUUAGGGAUGUGGAAAAAAGGGCCUAUUUGUGCAGGAUGAGGGCCAAAUUGGCGCUCCGGAGGUUGAAGAGGCAUAAACACUUGCCAAUCUUUGAUUUGGAUAAGACUGUAAGAAUAUUGGGAGGUUACAUAUUGGAAGAUCGACAAACCAUCGCAAACCCAGAGAGAGUGCUUGAUCGGUUCCAGAGAUCGUAUCUCCUUGACAACCUGAGCGGCACGGUAGCAAGCACGAACUACGGCACAGUGCUGCUGUCGAACAUCGAACCCACGCCCUUCCGGUCCGCGUACUCGGGCUCCACGCUGCGGCCCUACAUCCGCCGAGACGCGGAGACUUCGCCCCUCUGGUUGACGCUCAUGGACGAGCUAUUGCGGAAAACGCAUCGUCACGAGCCGGACUACUCCCCCCCACCGCGCAGCACUAUCGACUACUCGUACGUGCGCCCGCAACACAUAGCCGCAGUCAACCGACUGUGCGCGCAGUACUUUUGGCCGGGGAUCGACUUAACAGAAUCGCUUCAAUACCCUGAAUUCAGUUGCGUUGUGACAUACAAGCGCAUAGUGGUAGCAUGCGCGUUCCUAGUACCGGACGUGGGCGCGCAGCACGCGUACAUAUCGUUCGUGCUCGCACGGCCCGAGUGGAGGCGUGCGGGCAUCGCUAGCUUCAUGUUGUACCACUUACUACAGACAUGCACAGGGCAAGAUGUAACACUGCAUGUGUCACCAACCAACCCAGCCAUUUUCCUAUACCAGAAGUUUGGUUUUAAGGUUGAAGAGCUGAUUCAAGACUUUUACGAGAAGUACUACGACAUCGACUACAAGGGCUGUCGGCAUGCACUGUUUUUGAGACUAGUCAGAUAAUAAAUAUAAAAAAUUA